CCAGCCCCGCUACUGCCGCUGCUGGUGCGGGUGCUGGUAGUGCUGGUAGUGCUGCCACAAGUGCUGUUCGUGCUAGUGGUGCCGCUGUGAGUGCUGUGCAGGCAGUAGCAGGGGGUGCAAAGGCGGUUCUCCCUCCUCCGCACCCCCGCUCCCCUACCCCAUUCUCUCGCACUGCAACCCUCUGCAGCAGCAUCAGCCGCCCACCUGCCGCCCAGCACGCCUUAUUGGCAGCACAACUUGCAGCCCGGGCGGCACGGCACUAGUGCGGGGCGGCUGACGCUGUGGCGGGCGACGCAGCAGGUGUACGGGGAGGGCGGUGUGGCGGCGUUCUUCAAGGGCAACGGCAUCAACGUCGUCAAGGUGGCGCCUGAGUCCGCCAUCAAGUUCUACGCCUACGAGCUCUUCAAGCGGGCGCUGGGGUCCGCUGCUGAUGGUGCUGGCAGCAAGGCCGCAGAGACGCCCCUCACGCGCCUGGUGGCGGGCGUCAUGGCGGGCGCGGUGGCGCAGACAGCGGUGUACCCGCUGGACCUCGUCAAGACGCGCCUGCAGACCUACCACCUCACGGUGCAAGCUCAUGUCACCACACCGUGUUAGAAUAUUCCCCUAUUCUAUAUU